AUGUUGCUCUCACUUCCAGCCUGCCGAAUGGCAUUGGUCCUCGCCUUCCUUGGCAUGCAGACUGCGUCCUUAGUUCAUGGCCUUCCUGCAUCGGAGACCGACGUGCUCACGACCGACUUGAAACGAAUGGCGCUAGGCUUUCCAGAUCUUGAGGAAAGACAAGAUAUUCCCGACGUUCUGGCGAAGUUUCCUUCUGGUCCACUGAACCAAUUUCUCAGAAUAAUCAGCACUCUGCCAGCAGGCGCGGCAGCUCUCGACGCAGUGGGACUGGUCUUAACCCCUCUCCAACAGGGUCUCGCGGAUUCUGUCGGCAUCGACACAACGGAGGAUGACUUGGAGGAGAAUACAGCGUGCGCCGAUAUCACCGUCAUAUUUGCUCGGGGCACCACUGAGCCCGGCAACGUCGGACUCGUUACAGGGCCGCCAUUUUUCGAUGCUCUCAAUCAGCAGCGUGGGACCAGAACUGUUAUGAUCCAGGGUGUCGAGUACCCCGCGACCUUUGCUGGGUUCAACAAGAAUGGCACCGAGGGUGUCCCAAGCAUGACGAACUUCAUUAAUGAAGCUGCCACAAAGUGCCCGAAUACCAAAAUUGUAAUGUCAGGCUACUCUCAGGGUGCUCUGGUUGUUCGGAGCACUGCAAACACUCUUCCGGCGGCUACCAUGGCCAAGAUCAACUCUGUUUUGACAUUUGGGGAUCCUGGCAACCCGAACGCCAUUACGGGCGCUGAGGGCAAAACUAAGAUCAUCUGCCAUGAAAAUGAUGCUGUUUGCAGUGGAGGCUUUAUCACUGUUGACCAUUUGACGUAUGCUGAAGAUGCGGACGCUGCUGCUCAAUUUGUCUUGCAGAUGGCAAGUGGUAAGUAG